CUACCUAGACAGGGAGUUGUGGGAAGAGAAGAGGAGUGAAGUUAGCUUGUAAGAAACGAAACAAACGGAGUAGAGACUGCGAUAUCAUGGAUCCGAAUGAUUAUCAUGCGACUAUGCGGCGGUAUGGAGAAGCGCGGGAUGGCCGCCGUGAAGACGAUGGGAAUUACUAUAGCAGAAGACAUGGCUCCAGCCAAGAUGACUUGAACAGUAGUAGAAGAGUCUUAUCGACGGGAGGCCCGAGAUUUGGCGGCGCAUCAUCAGCAUCGACAGCAGAAGUAGCAGCAGCAGCAUCAGCAUCGUCGCGGGGGUUGUCAGUAGUAGGAACGGGACCAAGAUAUGCGCCGACGUCGCCGACAACGAUAUCAUCUCCACUUACAGCAGUAGCAGCAGCAGCGGCACCAUUUGGGAGGAGGAUUGGCACUGGUGGUGAUGUUGGGGUUGAAGCUGAAUCUGGAACUGGAACAGAAGAAGCUCGGCGUCGUGGGCGUGGAAGUGGGAAUGGAAAUGGUAGUGGGAGUGGUAGUGGCAGUGGUAUUGGCAUUGGCAUUGGCAGUGGUGCGAGUGGUGCUGAAACAACGAGGGCAAAUAAGAGGCGAUCGGAUUUGGAGGACGAGCUGGGACCACCACAUCUAUCGCCGGAGUCAAAAUUCAAAUCCUCCUCUUCGUCGCAAGGCGAUGCGGGCCUUAGUCGUCACCAACGCGACCGCCACGACCGCCACGAUUACCGCUCCCAUCACUAUCCCCAUCCUGCCCAUCCCCAUCCCCAAGCCCAAACCCAAACCCAAUCCCGGGAUCAAUCCCAAACCCAACCCAUUCUCCAUCCCCAACAAGAUCAUCAUCAUCAUCAUCAUCGUCAUCAUCACCACCAUCACCACAACCUUCCUCCUCACCCACAUUUCCCAACUUCCUCCGCCUCCGCCUCCACCAACACCAGCUCUCCUAGUCCUGCUGCUACGAUUGCUGAUCAUGGUGGUGACUUGAUUACUACCACGAGCACUACCACCAGCGCCAAUAUCGGCAUCGGCAUCGGCACCAACACCAACACCAACACCACGACCAGUAGCGGCACUAACAGCGCAAGCACCAGUUCCAGCUCCAACGGCACUAUCGCAACAACCUCGCGCAGCAGCCCAUUCCCCAUCGCCACGACGCAUCAGUCUGCCCAGAGUAAUAAAACUCAAUCCCACUCCUCGCGUCCCCGUACUCGCACCCAUGCCCAGGCCCAUGCCCAUACCCAUAGCGAUAUCCAUAAUCAUACCCGUAAUCAUACCCACGCCGCUGCUCACGCUCACAACCACGUCCUUGGUCUCGCCCAUAUUACGCACGUUACGCCCAGCAGCACCAACAGCACCAGCAGCAGCAGCAGUAGUAGUGCCAAUAAUUCCCACGUCCACGCCAACGCCAACGCCAACACCCACGUCCAGGUGCACGACAGCCGCGCGAACGCUAGCAUGACAUCUCCGACCGUCGCGGCCUCAAAGCAUUUAGAUUUUCGUAAGCCCACAGCCGACGCGACCACCACCACUACCAAUCCUACCAAUCCUGCCAAUACCACCACCGACUCUUCUUCAUCCUCAUCGUCAUCUCCUCGUAAAUCUACUAGUGCCCACGACCGCGCUACCAACGCCGCCACUACCACCACUUCCACCACCAUCGAAGCGUUGACGGCAGACCCGGCAGCAAAAAGACCACCAGCAGGAUCCUCGUCGCUGGCAUCAUUGCCCUCUGCCUUCCACUCACCAUCGCCCACCAAACGCCAUACUCCCCUCUCAUCCAUCACGACGCCCACCGAUGCAACGCGCCCGCGUCCGCCGCUGUCAUCGCCGCUGAGCCAUCCCUUCAAUCACGCAUCGCCGCAUCACCACUCCUCCAUCCUUUCGGCUCCCUCUCUUCUGUCGUCUGCAUCGGCAUCCAACUCCGCCUCCCUGCCUCACCUGCCUCCUCUGGCCCCUCCGCCCGGGGCCUUGAGCUCCAUCAUGGCGUCCUCCUCCGCCAUGUCCUCGACGAAUGGCAAUGGCCCUCCGAGUGCAUCGCCUCUGCAGCCGCCCAAGGCCGAUUUCCCGCGUCCCAUACAUGAGAAGUCGUCUGGCCGCUUUUAUGAUCCCCUGACCGAUACCAGUAAGGAGAGGCGACCGUCCGAUAGCUGGCAAAAGCAGGUAAGUUCGAUUUUGAUGAUGGUUUGCGGUUUCCAUAAUGUCCACGCCAGGAUGUGCAUUGGAGCACUAUUCUGUUUCUUAUUCAUGUCUAUCUACCCAUCUUCCUUUUCCUUCAUUUGCACCUUUAUCUAGACAACUGUGCAUCCAUCCAUCUAUCUAUACACGACCUCCGACCAAGUCUGCUUCAUGCCCCGGUUGCAUCAUCAAAGUUGGUGAUUUUUUCCUAGACAAUCGCGGUCGGAUGCAUAUGAUUACCCUUCAUCGAAGACCGAGUCU